AUGCAUGUCAAGGUAACAGUCAGUCUCAGGUAUGCUGAGCUUGUCUGUGUGGUUCCAACUCGGGUUAGUGUCCUGGCAUGGCCAAUGCAUCAAUCUAAGAAAGCUUCAAACAGUGCAGCAACAGUCGCAAGGAAGGGGAACGAAACAUCAGGAAGCCACUCCAUUCCUGCACGUCUAUCUUAUGCGGAGGAAGCAUUACGGACUAUGAGUUUACCAGAAGCAUAUGCAGAAAUUGUGUUGAAUCUAUCUCAAGCUCUUGAACAAAUAUAUCCCAAGGAGAACUCUCCGUAG